UCAUUUUGUUGGCGAUUUUUUCGGUUGAAGUUUUUCUUCAAGACUAUCUUGAGUGCACAGUUGAUUCAACAACCACACUCCAGAAACCUACGACUCUAAGCAAGCCAAGAUCUGAAAAGCAACAAGCUAAAAAAAAAAUUAUUAUGCGAAAA